CACUUUUCAACAUGGAUGAUAUAUGCAGAUUUGUAGCAUCAAAGGCUCCACAACAGAUGCCAUCAGAGAAGAAGAGGAUGAUAUCAGAAGCUGUAUCAAAGGUUUUAAGCGGAGUCACCGACUUGCUGGGUGGAUUUAUACAAGACAUUGCUGCAGCAGAAUAUGCCCCUGAACCAAUCUUGAGAAGAUCGAAGCGGAGGAGGGGAACUAACAACCGCCAAACUGCUGAUGAUGAUGAAGAUUCAGAUGGGCCUGAUCCAGACUAUGCUGAAGACACAGAAGAGCAAAACAGUAGCACUAAAGAUGACGGUUCAGACCCGGAAGAUGACAACAAUUCAGAUCCGGAAGAUGACGGUUCAGAUCCGGAACUUGAGAAUAAAGAGGAUGGAGAAGAUGCCGAGGACCCUGAAGAUUUAGUCCCCCUCGUAACUCGGUUAAAGAGGCCGCAAUCAUCUGCAAGGAAACCUGAUACCGGAAGCGCAGCAACUUGCAAUGACAUCAUUGUCAAUGGCAACACAACAGCUGUAGCUGCUGGCCACCCAGAUAAGGUCCAAGACAAAUUGUACAACAGGCGGUCAAGGCUAAGGCUGCCAGCCAAGGCAACAGCCACACAACAGACCAGCAACAAGAUUUUGGAUGCUGGGUGCAGUUCCAAGGACAUCAACAUUGCCAAUGUUUCUGUACAGCAUGGGGAUAACUUGAUGGCUGAAGGGAGCAGCUACAGGGAGACAAAUACUGAUCAUUGUGCUGCUAAGCAAGCAAUAAAGAUUAUGGGUGCAGGAAGCAGUUCUAGGGAGGGAAGUGCUACCAAAAAGAGCAGUUGGGACUUUCCUGUUCCUGACUGUGAUAUCAUGAAGUUCAUUGAGGAACCAACACCACCAAAACAAGCUGAAGAAGCAAGGAGCGCAGAUUCAGUGUCUGCAUGGUCCCUGGACGGAUAUGAUGAAGCUGUGUAUGAUUCAUGGGAGGCAGAGGCUAUUAGGAUCUCUAAUGAAACAAAGGCAAAUAAGAAUCAAUCCCAAAAAUCAUGUGGCAUUCUGCAAGGAUCUAGUGACAGCAAGGAAGCACCGGGCACUCUGCAAGGUUCCAGUGAUAGGAAGGAAGCACCCAAAAUCAACAAAUCUGAAGUUAUAGUCAUAGAAGCAGCAACUUCACAAGGUGAGGCAACUCUGCAAGAAACAAAGAAAAAUUAUAAUGCAACAGCAGAACCGGGUUCAGGAGAAAAGUCCAUCACACCUGCUUAUGCACCCCCACGGAUGAGGGACCUCAAGACUGCUGCUGUACUACAGUCUCCUUUCGUCAAUAUUGGAAAGAAGAUGUCAGUCAAAUGCAGCAAAGAUGUCUUGAGAGUAUACAAUGCUGUUUGUUUGUGCUCGGGAAGGUCCACACGGUCAAAACAAAGGGAUGCAGUCAUCAUCAACUACUUAUUCACAUACGCUACCUGGGGGCACCUUGCUGAUUCAGCAAAACCUGGUGGAAAGCUACUUAAUACCAUCGCAGAGGUUGGUAUAUAUGCAAUGAAUGGCAAGAAGACAAGAGGUGCAACCAAACGUAUAAUGCCACUUCACAUUUCAGUGAGCCCCUUUCCCCCCUCUCAUCCAUGCGUGUCCAUUUUUUUUAUCAGUUUUUGUAUAGCUAGCAUUUUCUAAGUUGUCAUUACCCUCCCUCCCCUCUCGAGAGGACAUUACAGCAAAGAAAUGAUGGGAAAGCAGCUGCACUGAGACAUGUUUUCGAAAAGAAAGAGAACCAC